GUGGGUAGGUUCUUAUUCUUUAUAUGUAUGUGGGUAAGGAGAGAAAUAAAGGAGUCAGUCUUGAUCUGAGCACGUAGUUUUAUUAACGCAUUCUAAUACGUUUACAUGGCGCAGCCGAUUUAAAAGAACCUUUAGGUAUCUAAAUAUUCUUUGUGAUAUUCUUGUGAUAGUGAAUAAUAGAAAUAUAAAUAUAAAAAAAAAGAGACUCUUUGGAAUGGAAUCUAUCUUGCCACCGCCGCCGCCUUUUAUUUUCGAUAAUAACCUUGAGAAUGUGACCUCUGGUAAUUUGUCUGUAGAAUGGACUAAGUGGAAGAAAGCGUUUAAUAUUUACUUCGACGCGUGUGAGUUAUCUAAAAAGGAAGAAAAGGUGCAAAUUAAUAUUUUGCUGCAUGUUAUCGGAGAGCGGGCCCGUGAAGUGUACCAACAGUUUGAAUCGGAAUGCACGACUUUGAAGAGUUUGAUUGCGCGGUUUGAUAAGUUCUUUUUGCCGAAGAAAAAUUUAACUAUAGAACGGCACAGGUUUUUUACACGUUGUCAGCAUGAUGGUGAGUCUAUCGAGCAGUAUGCUUUCGAGCUCAGGAAGCUGGCUGCCACUUGUGAGUUUGGCACACUAAUGCAGGAUUUGAUAAAAGAUAGGCUGAUUUGCGGCAUAAAAGAGGACGCACUUCGGGAACGAUUGUUACGUGAGCCGGAUCUGACGUUGAGUAAAUCUUUGGAUAUUUGUAAUUUGGCCCAGAUGUCUAAGAUGCAAGCGGGGGCUAUAAAGCAAGAGGCUGUGGAACAUAAAGCGUAUGUUGUAGAAAAUAAUCCCAAGCAUAAUACGGAGUAUAAUUGGAUUAGUGAAGGUGGUCAACAGAAUCAAAUUUGGGGGGUAAGUCACCGAGGAGCGCCGGCGCAUCGUGGAACGGCGAGGAGUCGGGGGCGCGGUGGCCGUUAUCAGACCCCCGCCCGCUACCCCGUGACCCCGCGCCCGGGUCUUGCUCGGCGAAAUCAACUGUUUAAUCGACAAGUGCGUGAUGUCAAUAGUGCUAACAACAGCAGUGCUAAUUUAUCGUGUUCGCGAUGUGGUUUGCCUCAUGGCAGUUCAAGGUGUCCUGCCAUCGGCAGAAGGUGUUUAAAGUGUAACAGUUAUGAUCAUUUUUCGCGUAUGUGCAAUGUAUACGAGGUGCGAGCUGAGGAAAACAAUGAUCAGGGUGGUGAUUCCUCCUGAUUGGUAUUAAUUAGCAGCCGGGUCGAAUAGUAUGUGCAGUUUCGAAGAUGGAUUUUUAUAUAUAAGUAAACAAUUUGAUAGGUACCUAUAAACAUGAAUCAAUAGGUUCAACUUGCAUUGACAUUUCAUCAUUGUUUUUAUACUCGUACAGCACACAAUAUUAAAACCAUUUAAUACAGAUAACGGAUUUAUUUUUGUAAAGCAAACCUGUAUUAAGUAGUUAAGUACAUAAUAUAGGUAUUAUUAAAUAAUGUGUAGCCGUUAUAAUGAAAUGUUGGCAUUGUUUACCUACCUGCCUCUAACUGUCGCAGGUCACAAAACACAUUCAUGAUUAUGAAUGUGUUUUAAUAAAAUAAAAUAAAUUAUGAAAUGUUUGUUGUAAAUUUUCGUUUAUUUCCUGGUGAAAAGAAAUUAGUUUCAAUUACAUAAUGUGUUGCAUGAUGUUUCAUUAGUCAUUGUUAUCAAAUUAAGGAUGAAAAUAAGCAUCUAUUUCCGAUGCCUGCAUUUAAAUAUUAAUGAAUGAAUGUUAUUGAUAAGUAUAUAAUCUUUAUAUAAUAAGUAUGAAAAAAUUAUUUCAAUGAUAUGUCGUUUUGUAUUCUGCCUACCUAUAUUGUUCAAUAGUUUUGAAUGAUUAUUUACUAUGUAAUAAUAUAUCUUUAUGAAAUUAUUAACAAUCUAU